GGGCAACGCUUAGGGAGGCAAACUCCUAACAGCAACCUUUGCCUGUGAAGACGCGACUGGUGGUCGGAAUCUCUCCAACAUGGCGCUGAAGCUUAUGUAUCGCUCGACUUUCAUUGAUGUGGACGAAUGCAUCAGCGAUGGCUCCGAGACCGGCUCUCGUGCUACGUCCCCUGCGCGCCUUCCCUCUGGCACCUCGCCAGACAUGCGGCGUCGGGGGCUCCCCGUGCGGUCCAAGAGCGCACCCGCUUUGGCGGGCAAUGGUCGCGAUGAGAUCGGUGGCAUGAACUUGUCCUUGAGUGCCCUCGCACAACGUGCCGAGCAGUUUCAUACGCUUCUGCGAUUGAAAGGGAAGGAAGAAUUUUCAGAGAUGCCAUCACCACAAGGCCGCCGACUGUCUUCAUGUUCCGAAAGCUCUACCGAUGUGAUGAGCCUCGCCAGCGGAGAUCCAGGCUUUGUCCGAAGCAUCAGCACGAUCAGCAGCAACACCAUCAGCACUCCGUGCUCCGUGGGAAGUGCGGGACAUCCAGACCUCUGCCGACGUCCAUGCAUGUACUUUGCCGCCGGGAAAUGCUCCAAUGGGGCGGCAUGCGAUUAUUGCCACAUGAACCACGACGGACGUACUAUGCAUUUGGACAAGAGGCAGCGGGAAUUUCUGAGCAAGAUCCCCAACGAGAAGUUCUUGGCCUUGAUUUUGCACUACUUGGAGGCCAAGGCGAAUGACAACGGUUUCCGAUCGGCCGCGAACGAACUGCUCCAACUUCUUCGCGGCUUCGCGCACCUUGCGUCGAAUGAACCCAUCGUGCUGCCCGAGCUGCCCACCAAGAUGUGGUCCAAGCUGGACUAUAUGCUAAAGAAGAUGACUUUCCAGUCACUCGUGAGCUUGGCUAUGAAAUCCAAUUCCGGCAGCGACUUCGCGGAUCAGAUGUCGGACGCCAUGUCCCGCAUGCGGCAAAGUCUUACCCAAUGAGUUUGAAGGCCGAGCGCCUUGCUUGACCACGAUUUCUCUUGUGUGAUGCACAUCUUACCGGCUUCCCAUUCGUGCACUCCGGCGACGGGGAAAGGAGGUGAUGAGCUGCUCCAAGAACUU